CCCCACCCACAAAUGAACAGAGCAAAGCAAGCAGUAGUCAACAACGUUGACGCUCCCUCCAAAAAUCAUUUCUCUUUCUCUCUCCGUCAAAUUCCACAUUAAAUAAAUAAAAAAAAAACACUUGUUUCUUUUAUAUAAAUCUUCUCAAAUCUACCUUCCUCCCUCAAACUUUCUGUCUUUCUACUUUUAAGUUUUUUUCUUUGUGCGUACAAUGCCACAGGGCAAUUUAGAAACCCUUGUUUCUGCCUGCGCCGGCGGCUCUUGCGACAACAAAAUCGUCUGCGAGACUUUAGCAACCACCGAUGGCGAUCCCGACGACCACCAACUCCAUACGGCGGACAAACCAGGCGAAGAAGAAAUCCCGUCCGAUUUCCCGCCAGAAUCGUUUUGGUUAUCCAAAGACGCCGAGCUCGACUGGUUCGAUCAAAACGCUUUCUACGAACGGAAAGAGUCGCAGAAAGGAAACUCAGUUUCGAACUCCACAAAUCUUAACCCUAAUGUCAACUCAAACUCCAAUUCUCAACGCUUUUCGUUGAGGAAAUCGAAAGCUUCGAUCAUCGGAUUACCGAAACCGCAGAAAUCUUGCUUUGUUGAAACAAAGAACAGGAAGAACGCUAAGCCUGGAAACACUAGAUUGUUUCCUAAAAGGUCCGGCUCGGUUAAAUCGGAUCCGCCCGUUAUUGAACCGUCUUCGCCUAAGGUUUCUUGCAUGGGAAGAGUGAGAUCGAAGCGAGACCGGAAUCGCCGACUAAAAAAGAACCUCCAAAAAUCGGCCGAAGUCGAAACAAUUCAAGAGAAAACGACGAGAAAAAAAGGCGGUUUCUUUUCGAGUUUUCGUGCUAUUUUUCGGUCCAAUAGGAAAGAACGUGAACUGCACGCUCUUCCGGUAGCGCCAUCGCCGCCAAGGAACAGCGACAUUAGGACGCGUUUGCCGCCAGAUGAUCGUGAUGCAAUAUCGAUAGCGCCUGAAAUUGCGGAGAGUGAACCGGUUCUUGAGCCGGUCAGUAUAGGCGGAAUGAAGCGGUUCGCGUCUGGCAGGAGAUCGGAGCCGUUAAUCUGAACCGUGGAAGAAAAAGCUUUUUGUUUUUUUUACUAGUGGUGGGCCAUAGCUAAUGGCGUGCGUUGGUCUGCCGUCGUGGUUGGGUAACUUGUGGGUCCCGCCCAAUGUUUAAAUUUUCUUCGCGGUGACGUGGCAUGUUGAUUAACGGUUUGGUAAGGUAAAAAAAGCACAAAUUUUCCAAUUCCCCGUCUGUUUUUGUCUUUUUUUUUUUUUAAUUAUGAUUUGUUUUUACUUGAUAAGGGUGUUUGUACAUAUGAGUGAUUUUGGCGUGCACAGUUUGUAAAUUUUAUUGUUACUUUAAUAAAAAUUUUAGAAGGAACAUGUAAGAUUCAUAUAACUAUGAUUUUUCGAUCA